AUGGACACCAAGAUCGGCAUCCAGGUCAUCCGCGACGUCGGCUCCGUCCCCGAAGGCGUCGCUGCGGCCAUCCAGGGCCAGGCCCCCGCGGCGGUCGGCGCUCCCGACGCCACCAUGGGCCGCCCCGACGCCUCGUCGCCGGCGAGGCCGAGCGCAAGCGCUCUCGCCACAGGCAUAGGCUCUUCUAGCUCUCAGGAGCCAUGGACAUCUCACCAACCAAACCCAAACGCUAAAGCCUACGCUGCAAAGGCAAUCUAUGGGAAGUCAGCCAUUGUGAUUGAGAACAUCUCUCACGACAAGCAAAUCAAAAGACCUGAGCUUCCCAAUAUUGUUCAGAACAACAAUGCUCAUCAAAAAAAUAGCAUUGCUAAUGGAAUGAGAGGGAUGAAGCAAAUGUUGACCGUGACCACAACUGGAGAUGGGCCAGAGGGCAAGAAGGCAGAUGGGUUCCUCUAUAAGUACGACAAGGGUGGCCGCAUCUUCAUCGUGUGCUUCUGCCACAGCGUCUUCCUUAGCCCGACUGAUUUUGUCAAGCAUGCCAACCACACUAAUUGGUCCAACCCCAUGAAACACAUCGUUGUCAGUUCGCCGCUGCCGCCGCCCCUCUGA